GAGCUCUUGCUCGGGGAUGAUUUCUCUCGGAGCAGAUCCUGGAUGCUUAUCCCUGUAACACCAUGACUUCGCUGUUGUGUGUCACAGGCCCAGGACCGCAGCUGCAGCGUGGACACUUGAUGUCUUGUAUCUGAGCAAUAUUGUGUUUUACUUUGAGACUUUUCUAAAGGGAUUUAGACUUGUGAGAUGCUUCCAUUAACUGGAAAAACAAUCAUCUUUGAUAACUUUCCUGAUCCUUCUGAUACAUGGGAAAUCACCGAAACAAUUGGCAAAGGAACUUACGGGAAAGUUUUUAAAGUGCUGAAUAAGAAAAAUGGCCAAAAAGCAGCAGUGAAAAUUCUGGACCCGAUUCAUGACAUUGACGAAGAGAUUGAAGCAGAGUAUAACAUCUUAAAGACGCUUUCCGACCACCCCAAUGUGGUCAGAUUCUAUGGGAUGUACUUUAAGAAGGAUAAAAUAAAUGGAGACAAGUUGUGGUUGGUUCUUGAGCUGUGCAAUGGAGGAUCAGUAGCUGAUCUUGUGAAGGGAUUUCUGAAGAGGGGCCAAAGAAUGAGUGAACCCAUAAUUGCCUAUAUUUUACAUGAAGCACUAUUGGGACUUCAGCAUUUGCAUAACAACAAAACCAUCCACCGUGAUGUAAAAGGAAAUAACAUUCUGUUGACCACUGAAGGUGGAGUCAAACUCGUAGACUUUGGUGUGUCUGCACAGCUCACCAGCACUCGGCACCGUCGGAACACCUCCGUAGGAACGCCAUUUUGGAUGGCUCCUGAGGUGAUUGCAUGUGAACAGCAAUUGGAUACCACUUAUGAUGCCAGGUGUGACACCUGGUCCCUGGGGAUCACGGCCAUCGAGCUAGGGGAUGGAGAGCCUCCGCUAGCCAACCUGCAUCCCAUGAGAGCGCUCUUCAAAAUUCCAAGGAAUCCACCCCCCAAACUAAGGCAGCCUGAGAUAUGGUCAGCAGAAUUCAAUGACUUCAUUAGCAAGUGCUUGACUAAAGAUUAUGAAAAGCGCCCAACAGUGUCAGAUCUUUUACAGCAUAAAUUCAUUACUCAAAUCGAGGGCAAAAACGUGAUGUUGCAAAAACAGCUCAUGGAAUUCAUCGGCAUUCAUCAAGGCAUGGGAGGCACAGAAAAGGCCAGACAUGAACGCAUUCACACCAAGAAAAGUAACUUCAAUAGAUCACUAAUGUCCAGUCUGAAGGAUGUAGACGAUUUGGCAACCCUAGAAGUUUUGGAUGAGAAUACAGUCUCAGAACAACUUGAGAAGUGUUAUUGCAGAGAUCAGAUUUAUAUGUAUGUGGGAGAUAUACUCAUUGCUCUGAACCCUUUUCAGAGUCUGGGUCUUUAUUCCACACAGCAUUCCAAACUAUAUAUUGGAGCAAAGAGAACUGCCAAUCCUCCUCACAUUUUUGCAGUGGCUGACUUAGGAUACCAGUCAAUGGUAACAAACAAUUCAGAUCAGUGCAUUGUUAUUUCUGGAGAAAGUGGUGCUGGAAAGACAGAAAGUGCUCAUCUUUUGGUUCAACAGCUGACGGUUCUUGGAAAGGCUAAUAACAGAACCCUGCAAGAGAAGAUUUUACAAGUGAACAAUUUGGUGGAAGCCUUUGGCAAUGCCUCUACUAUCAUAAAUGACAAUUCCAGCCGAUUUGGGAAAUACUUAGAAAUGAAAUUUUCCUCUUCCGGAGCUGUCGUGGGAGCACAGAUUUCUGAAUACCUUCUGGAGAAAUCGCGAGUUAUCCGUCAAGCUCUUGGAGAAAAAAAUUUUCAUAUCUUUUACUACAUCUAUGCUGGAUUAGCCGAAAAGAAGAAACUAGCCCAUUACAAAUUGCCUGAAAAUAAGCCUCCCAGAUACCUACAAAAUGACCACCUCAGAACAGUACAGGACAUGAUGAAUAAUAGUUUCUAUAAAUCCCAACAUGAAUUAAUUGAGCAAUGUUUCAAAGUCAUAGGUUUUACGAUGGAGCAACUUGGAAGUAUAUACAGUAUACUGGCUGCAAUCUUGAAUGUUGGCAACAUUGAGUUUUCUUCCGUGGCAACUGAACACCAGAUUGACAAGAGCCACAUUUCCAAUCAUGCAGCUCUGGAGAACUCUGCUUCUCUGCUUUGCAUUCAGGCAGAUGAGCUCCAAGAAGCUCUCACCUCCCACUGUGUGGUCACUAGAGGAGAAACCAUCAUACGACCCAAUACCGUAGAAAAAGCCACUGACGUCCGAGAUGCCAUGGCGAAAACUUUGUACGGGCGGCUCUUCAGUUGGAUAGUCAAUCAUAUCAACAGCUUACUGAAGCAUGGCGCCUCACUAAGUGAGAAUGGUGAUGAACUAAGCAUCGGUAUUCUGGAUAUAUUUGGCUUCGAAAAUUUCAAAAAAAAUUCCUUUGAGCAGCUGUGCAUUAAUAUUGCAAAUGAACAAAUUCAGUAUUAUUUCAAUCAACAUGUGUUCACCUGGGAACAGAAUGAAUACCUAAAUGAGGGUGUUAAUGCCAGAGUGAUUGAAUAUGAAGAUAACCUGCCCCUCCUAGAUAUGUUUCUGCAGAAGCCAAUGGGUUUGCUAUCCCUACUCGAUGAAGAAAGUCGAUUUCCCAAGGCCACAGACCAGACCCUUGUGGAAAAAUUUGAAGGGAACCUGAAAUCGCAGUACUUCUGGAGGCCCAAAAGAAUGGAACUUAGUUUUGGAAUUCACCAUUAUGCAGGAAAGGUACUCUAUAACGUAAGUGGGUUCUUAGCUAAGAAUAGAGACACUCUUCCAACAGAUAUUGUGCUCCUUUUGAGGUCAUCAGAAAACAGUGUAAUUCGCCAACUCGUCAAUCACCCUCUAACAAAAACAGGUAAUCUGCCACAUUCUAAAACUGGAAAUUUAAUAAAUUAUCAAAUGAGGACUUCAGAAAAAUCAAUCAACUUGACCAAGGAUCAAAGUGGAGAAGCCACACGUCAUGCCAUAGAGACAACCAACAUGAAGACACAAACAGUGGCAUCAUAUUUUAGAUAUUCCCUGAUGGAUUUGUUAUCCAAAAUGGUGGUGGGCCAACCUCACUUUGUCCGUUGCAUCAAACCCAAUAACGAACGUCAGGCAAGAAAAUAUGACAAAGAGAAAGUUCUCCUACAGCUGCGCUACACUGGAAUUCUGGAAACAGCAAGAAUUCGGAGGCUGGGCUACUCUCAUCGGAUACUUUUCUCCAACUUCAUAAAGCGGUACCAUGUUCUCUGCUACAAAUGGAACGAAGAGCCCCCAGUGAGUCCUGACUCCUGCGCCGCCAUUUUGGAAAAAGCUGGUCUGGAUAAUUGGGCUCUUGGAAAAACAAAAGUGUUCCUGAAAUAUUACCAUGUGGAACAGUUAAAUUUAAUGCGAAAGGAAGCCAUUGACAAGCUUAUUUUGAUUCAAGCCUGUGUCAGAGGAUUCUUGGAUUCAAGAAGAUACCAAAAAAUACAGGAGAAAAGGAAAGAGAGUGCUAUAGUAAUACAGUCAGCUGCAAGAGGACAUCUAGUCAGGAAACAAAGAAAAGAAAAUGUUAACAUGAAAAACACAGCAGCAACAACCAUUCAAACCUAUGAUCAGGAAUUUGACUACAAGAAAAACUUUGAAAAUAAAAGGGAAUCUUCUGUGAAGAAACAGACAGAAAAUGCAGUCUGUACUAAUGAAAUAGUCAUUCCAGCUCCAAACCAUAAGGGAAGUACAUCUGUAGUGAAGACUUCUACUUUCAAAGCUGAAGAGGAGGGCACUCGGGCCAUUGAAAAUAACAACAGAAAAUAUCAAACUAAGAACAAAAUGAAUAACAUGUUUGGGGAAGAGGCUAAGCGAGAACCACAGCUGGUGGGAGACCCUUGGGCAGAAGGACACCCCAAAAAGAAGUGCAUGAGAGACCCGGAAGAGAACAGUAAGAUAAGGAGAGUGGAGAAGGAGGACUCUGUGGUCCAGAAUUACUACCAGACGUAUGCAGAGGAAAGGAAUUUUGAAGAAUCCAAAGCAAUAUAUCUAGAAAGGAAGGCCCUGUCAGAAAGGCCAAGCUCCCCAAGACUUUGGUCAGGGGAAAAUGAGACAAAGCAGCCUUCUUUUAAAAAAGCAUUGGAACCUAGUCUUAGCCAAAAGUCAGUCCACCAAAACGCAGAUAGCAAGGAAAAGGAAAAGACAUCAGUGGUCACCCAGAAGGCACCAGCAUGCAGCCAUCUGAGACCGGGGAUGGCCCAAGAGAGACGGUCCAAAGCAACAGUCCAAAUGCAGGAAGAAGAUAGAGCAGCCAUGUUCAUUCAGAGCAAAUUCCGGGGCUACAAGAGAAGGCAGCAAGUAAGGAAGGACAGGACGUCUUCUCUUAAAAAUCAAAAGAUUGUUGCGACACCGACCGAAGUAGCAAGAAAUACUCACGAUCUGUAUUCGUGUCCCACAAAACAUGAGGAAUCUUGUAAUUUCAGGACAAAGAAUGACAAAGACCUGAAAGCAGAUUUAGAGAAAGAAGCAUGUGAUUUGGCCAUCUUUUCAAAACAGAUUUCAAAGUUAUCUGAAGAAUAUUUCAUUCUGCAGAAAAAACUGAAUGAAAUGAUUUUGUCACAGCAACUGAAGCCUCUCUAUCUGGGUAACUGUCCUCAUAAGCCAAUUAAUAGACGAGUUUCUUCUCAGCAGUGCCUCUCAGGUAUCUCUAAAGAAGAAGAGCCAAAAUUAUUGAGACCCCCAAGACGGCCCCGGAAACCCAAAACAUUAAAUAGCCCUGAGGACUCCACAUACUAUUACCUGCUACAUAAGUCAAUCCAAGAAGAAAAACGAAGACCAAGGAAAGAUAGUCAGGGAAAAUUAUUAGACCUGGAAGAUUUCUAUUAUAAGGAAUUUUUGCCCAGUCCUUCGGCACCAAAGGAACAUAACCCUGGUUUAAGAGAAGGAAGACAACAGGGAGAACACCAGCAUCAAGGUUUUAAUGCUAACGAAAGGUGCUGGGCGCAGGAGAACCAGGAGCAGGAGGAAAAGGACUCCGCAGCCAACCCCUACGACUACAGGAGGCUCCUGCGCAAGACCUCCCAGCGGCAGCGCCUCGUGCAGCAGGUGUAGUCCGGCUGUUCCGGGGGCCACCCCAUGGGAAUGUGCGCAGACUGCGGGGCUUUGCAGGGGCCAAAGCGGGAGACCCUCGGACGCUAGCACCACAGGGAGCUGAAGCCUAGGCCCUGACCCUGGCACGGGCUGCCCGCUGCCCUCGCCCCUCGAGUGCCUGG